AAAGGGCGUGGUUGGCGCUCGGUACCGCCCCGCGCGUUCCGGGCUGCAGUUGGAGGGCCGCGGUUGCUGUCUAGUACCCCCAGCUCGGGACCGCCGCAUGGGGUUACUGAGGCCGCUCCGUACGUGCGAAGCGUUCGCGGUGUUGUAGGAAGCUGAAGUCUUCAGCAGAACCCUGACCUAAGGAGUCUCAAUGGCCCUGGGUGAAGAAAAGGCAGAAGUGGAAGCAUCUGAAGGCACAGGCUGUGGGGAGCAGGAGGUGGACACCCCAGGCCCCAUGAGCGGGGAGCAGCCUCCACGCCUGGAAGCUGAGGGAGGGCUUAUCUCCCCUGUAUGGGAAGCAGAGGGGAUACCUGCCUCUGCUUGCUGGGUCGGGACUGACCCUGGCGGCCCCUCAAGAGCCCACCAGCCACAGGCCUGUGACGCCAGCAGACAGCUCGUAGCUGAGAGGCCUGAGCCUGCACUUGGUAGCCUGCCUCCUGCCACCAUGGGGUCUGGAGACCUUCUGCUCUCUGGGGAAAGCCAGGUGGAGAAGACCAAGCUUUCUGCCUCCAAGGAGCUCCCUCAGACUCUGAGCCUUCCCAGAACGACAGCUAUUUGCUCAGGACAUGAUGCUGAUACCGAAGAUGAUCCAUCCCCAGUGGAUUCGCCCCAGGCACUGGACCUCAGCCAGCAGCCUCACGGCUCAGGCUUCUCUUGCCUGUCGCAGUGGAAGUCCGUGCUGAGCCCAGGUUCCGCUAUACCUCAGCCUUCCAGCUGCAGCGUCUCUGCCUCCUCCGCAGGAAGCAGUCUCCAGGGUCAACAAGAGAAGGCGGAGCCUCGUGGUUCUUCUCUGGCCAACAUCUCCUCCCGGGAACUGGUCGUCCCCCAGGAACCCUCCUCUAUGGUGGGGCUAGGACGUCAGCCUCAGUGGUCACCACAGCCUGUGUUCUCUGGGGGUGAUGCUCCUGGGCUAGGCAGGAGACGCCUCUCCUUCCAGGCUGAGUACUGGGCCUGUGUGCUGCCAGAUUCCCUGCCUCCAUCACCCGACCGCCACUCUCCUCUCUGGAACCCAAAUAAAGAGUAUGAAGAUCUGCUUGACUAUACUUACCCACUGAGGCCCGGGCCUCAGCUUCCAAAGCACCUUGAUAGCCGUGUGCUGGCUGACCCUGUCCUGCAGGACUCGGGGGUAGACCUGGAUAGCUUCUCUGUCUCUCCAGCAAGCACCCUCAAAUCACCUACUAAUGUCUCCCCCAACUGCCCACCAGCAGAGGCCACUGCCCUGCCAUUUUCUGGGCCCAGAGAGCCAAGCCUUAAGCGGUGGCCCUCUGGAGUACCCCAGAAACAAGGUGGCAUGGGCUUGUCAUCUUUGAACCAACUUGCAUCUACCCCCAGAGCCCCAGGCAGUAGGGAUGCUUCUUGGGAGAGCAGAGAGCCAGCCAUGAGGGGCACAAAGGACUGGUUGCCUGUGGGCAAGCACCUUGAUACAGGCUCUCCCCAACUAAGGACACGGGACAGAGGGUGGCCCUCGCCCAGACCAGAGAGAGAGAAGAGGACCAGCCAGAGUGCCCGGCGCCCUACCUGCACAGAGUCUAGGCAGAAAUCAGAAGAGGAAGUGGAAAGUGACGAUGAGUAUCUUGCCCUGCCCGCUCGGCUGACACAGGUUUCUAGCCUGGUUUCGUAUCUAGACUCCAUUUCUACCUUGGUUACCCUGCCUAUAGGGGAUACCAAGGGGCAGAUUCCCCUGGAAGUGUCGGACAGUGAUGGGCCAGCUUCCCUCCCUUCAAGCUCCAGCCAAAGCCAGCUUCCCCCUGGAGCUGCCCUCCGAGGGUCUGGGGAUCCUGAGGGCCAGAACUCCUGUUUCCUGCACACCUUCAUCCAUGCCCAGGACUCUGCAAGGGAAGGCAGUCUGGGGAGCAGCCAGGCCCUUGGGGUCUCCUCUGGACUGCUGAAAACACGCCCCUCCUUGCCAGCUAGGUUGGACCGGUGGCCAUUCUCAGACUCAGAAGCUGAAGGGCAGCGUCCCAGGAAAGGAGAACAGGGAAAAGAAUCACUGGUGCAAUGUGUAAAGCAAUUUAAGAAAGAUAUAGAUGAACAUCAGUCUCUGACGGAGAGUGUCUUACAGAAGGGGGAGAUUCUUCUUCAGUGCCUGUUGGAGAAUACCCCAGUUUUAGAGGAUGUCCUUGGGAGGAUCGCAAAGCAGUCUGGUGAGCUGGAGAGCCACGCAGAUCGCCUGUAUGACUCUAUCUUGGCCUCUCUGGACAUGCUAGCUGGCUGCACCCUCAUCCCUGACAAAAAGCCCAUGGCAGCAAUGGAGCACCCAUGUGAAGGGGUUUAACCUGGCAUCCUCUCGGGCAAAUGCAACCUGUCAGCCAAACACAGGCUGGUGAGAAAAAAAAACCUUCAAGUCCUUGCAAGAGUCAUUCAACACUGAAGUCAAGGGGGAAAACUUCAAUAUACUAGCUUUAAAAUGCCUUUCUCCUCCCUGAAUGGAGGGCUGUUGAUUUACUAUUUUUAUUUACAAUGAAUCCUUCCAAACUAAGGUUUUCCUUUUGGUGCUUCUCCACAAAGAGCGUGUAGCUUUGCAAUUUUUGAUAAAAUAAGACGUCUUGCCUUCCCCUCUAUCCCAUUAAAAAACAGCAGACAAAGCUCAAACUGUUCCACCUGGUAAGGUCAUUUACCAAGGGCUGGUGGAAGGUUCUGAAUACUCGAUAUUCUCAGGCAUGUAAGAGGACCCAAGAGACUGAAAAAAGCCAAGGGCUGGCCAGAAACCUUGGGUCUUUUCAUAAAAGGAAAUUUGGGCUUGUCAAUCCGUCUUUGAAGAUUCAGGUAGAAAGAAGAGACUUUAACCCUUUGUCUGCAAAAGAAAAAGGAUUAAAUGACUAACAGAUUACUUUGGGAGAUUAUGACACCUUUUGCCAUCUUCAGGGCUGAUGUCUUUGGUUUCCUGGCUAACCAGUUUCUGAUAAGAAAAGUGUCAGGGACUUGGGGAUCUGCAGCCAUGCUUUAGCAUGGCUGUGGAGCUAAUUAUCAAGCUUAAGGGCAGGACUCAUCCCUUUGGGAGGACUCAUCCCUUCACACCUAGUCUCCCUUGGAAGAGCAGUCCAGGCUCAGAGAAGGGAAUGGAUAGGAUGACACAGUACAGUACAGAAACUAAAGCUGUCAAUAGUGAAGAAAAUGGAAAUUCUUUGUUGUUUGUUUUGGCACUGACACAUAAGUACUUUGAUAGAAAAAACUCGAUCAACCAUUCGAAGUAUCAAUUCUAUAGCUUUUUGAAGAAAAAUGAUCAGUUAUUGCUGGUAAAACUGCAGAGUCUACAGGAAAGCACUUUUGAAGUUCCGUUUGGGCCAUGAAUGAACCUUGAAGGAGGAAAGCACAAUAUAACAAUGGAAACUAAAGUCCUAUUAUUAAUGUGACUUUUUUUUGCUUCAGAAUUUCUCAGACUUUAUAGUCACUGGAAAAUAGCCAUUAAAUUCUUUAAAGAUUAGCUCUUCCAACAGUAGCUGCACAUAAAAUGCAGUAUUUCAAGUGCCUGAUGCUGCUGCGGUAUGCUUUAUCAUAAAUAAUGCUUAAGGGCAUGAUCAAAAUUAAAAUGUCUUAUGACUGCCAUAUUAAUCUUAGUUCCAUACACAGUGAGACUUUAAAAGAGAAAAACCACUCUAGCAAAUAAUUGUCCAUUAUAAACCUGUAUGUAAAACAUUCUUAAAAACCUAGAAUUGGUUAAAAAGGCAGAGAUGUCCGACAGCCUCUUAAAUUGAUCAGUUUCACCUUCUCUUUGAUGUAUAUUUAUAAAUAGGAACAUGCCCUUCCACUAAGUAUGUUACUGAAUAGCCCUUAUGAAAUUAAACCCAUUUAUUUACUGAUAUUUGACAGGCAUAGAAGUGUAUUAGUUAGCAUAAAAGUUGGAGAUGAAAACCCUACAGAAAGAAACUGGCCAAUACUAAACCGAAUGCAGAAUGUGGCACUGUAUUCCCAUUCGACCAAUAAUCAGCUUCAACUGAGAGGCAUUUUCACAGAAUGUUACACAAUACCAUUUCCCAAGAAAGUGUUACUUACCUAGAGAUGCUCUAAGGUAUUUUUGUUCAUCCUCUGAAUAAGGUGUGACUAAAGGGUGCUAGUUCUGGACCUGGCUGCGAAUGCUGCUGAAGAGUAUCAACACAACUGUUAAUUAUACAGCCAUGCUUGAAGACUUCCCUUAAAACUCAGGCUGAAAUUGUUUCCACCUAGUAAGAAACAUGGCCAGGUUAGAGUCAAGUAGCUGAGCUUGCUAAUUGCACUGUGGUGCCACACUGGAAUAACUUAGUAGUCCCUGAAAAUUAAUGGGAAUUGAAUCCAUAGGUAAGUGAUGAUAUUCAAAGCUCGAUCGGCAGUUUCAAGAUCUGGGUUCUUGGAGAUCCAUGGGUAGCUCAGCAAAUGGAAGGUGAUGUCAAUACAGGGCUAUUUUGAAGCUUAGGUGGGAACGGAGCACAAGGUUUGAUGUACAAUAUGCUGGAAAGGCAAGAUACAGGCUAAGGGAAAUUCAAUCCAAGGUCAAAGAAUAGGAAAUUACUGCUCGGACCAUAAUGACUAUCAUUCUGAAAGGAUUUCCCAGAGUUUGCAGCUGCUUAGAUUUAGAACACUCUUCACUAUGUAAACUAAUUUAUGGCAGCACCUUAUAUUUAGAAGAAGUGAUAAUACCCUUUACUCAGUGAACAGAUUAUUAAAGCCCAUAGUAGCCUUGAAUUGUUUGUUUGUACUUGAAAAUGGGAGUAUGAAAGGGGAAUAUAUUUUUUCCAAAACUGUGUUUAUUGGCAAAUUGUGAGGCAUGCUGAACUAUGUUGUUGUAAAUCCCAAUCUUUACUGCCAUGGGGGAAAGGAUGCUGGAAUUUUCCAAAUGAAGUCUGUAAAUAAUACCCAUCUUAAGUUCAUGUAAUGUUUCCGCUAACUCACCAAUAAGAAGCUGACGAUUUAAACAAAUUUUACUGUAUAAAACUGAAGUGCAUGGUAUGGCAUCAGAAUAUCUUGACAUUUGUUUUGUGUCAUUUAGCUACUUUAGAAAAUAGUUUUCUGAACUCUUUACCCCUUUAUACUGUAUUAAGGCAAAAACAAAACUUUUGAAGCAUUAAAGAUCUUCACCAAAAUAACUAUUGGUAACUUCAGGAAUUUGUCAGUUGCCUUAUGUGAGGAUGAAUAGAUCCACCAAGCACGCCUAUAAUACAAAGUAAACUAUGAUUUUUAUUGUGAAAUUUUCAUAGAUGGAAAAUUGAAUAUUCUGUCCAUUUCAUUUUACAGUUAUCUUACCACUUAUUUUUGUACCAUGUAUUUCAAUUGCCUGUUUAGUGAAAAAUAAAAAUUAAAAAACCUAUUAAUUUUUGGCUUGUUUUUAGCUUAAAUUUUAUCAUGAAAUUAAGGAGCCCACAACAAAAUGUGUUGCCAGCAGCCAUAUCCCCAGCCGCUGUGUGAAGAACGUUUUGGAUGCUACUUCAACCUAACAAACAACCUUUGACCUCAGUCACCUUAAAAUGCUAGUGUGGGCAGAUUUUUCAUUCCUCACCAUUAAAAAACAAACAAAACCCCUAGGAUCUUGAAGGUCCUAUUUAAGAAAAUCUUCAUACAUGCAAAAUGUCACGAAAAUAUACUUCCCUCAAUUAUCAUUACCAUCCAGUAUUCAUGUUUUAAUUUUUAGGAAUAUAAUUUCUAAAAUUAGAGCAAUAAACUUCCUGUGUCCUAUCUUAAUGCUUAAACCCUCCUCCAACAUCAAGUUAAGCAACUGCGGAGGAUAAAAUAGUGGAAUCUGACUGAAAACAUGGAAGAAAAACAUUAGCACACGUUAGUCUGAUCACUUGCCAAUUAGGAAAGGUAUGCUGCUUUCCACCUUUACCACAGAUGCAUUCAUGAAAUAUUGAUUAAUGAAGCCACUUCAAAUUGUUUUAGAGAAGGAUCAGAGAUAAUGGGCUAGAUAGCAUACAUUCUAAACUUGUUUUCCAUACAGUUUGAGCUCCCUGAACCACUAAAGUUGGUUAAAUCCCUACACAGCACAGAAGUCUAAGUCAUUUUAUUGGGCGUAUUAUCUAGAAAGCAAAUACUGGAUGCUGCUCUACAAUAGGUCUUGAAUCCCUUAGUUGCGCUGUGCACACACAAAUGGCUGUGUUGAAUAUAAUGCAAGGCUCUGUUUCCCUUUAACCAUAAGAAUUAAAACAAUAUUUAUCACCAUACAGUUUGAUAUUACUUCCAAUAAGUACAAUAUUUAUUAAACGUAUCUUCAGUUGUUUUGUUACAUAGUGUGCAACAAAUUACAAUAUUCUGCAGCCACAAAUUAUAUGCAGAGUAUGAAGAAACUAUUAAUCAGAUAGUGUAAUCUUUCCAUUUAUAACUCUACAAGGAAGAACUAGCAAAUCAGAUCUUACAUAUAACAUCUCACUAAACUUUAUGCAUGGAAAGUGACAGACACUGCUUGUGCUGUUUGAUACAAAAUGGCUGAACUUCAUCUUCAGAAGACUAAACCUGACAUCUAAACAUGCCAAUAUAAA